AUGGCGGAGAAGCUCGAGCCGGCGAAGGUUCUGUACUGUGGAGUUUGCUCUCUUCCCGCUGAAUAUUGUGAGUUCGGUCCAGAUUUCGCGAGAUGUAAACCGUGGCUCAUUGAUAACGCCCCUGACCUCUAUCCUGAUCUCCUCAAAGAAGCUAAUGAGAAGGGAGUAGAUAAUGUUUCUGACAAACUCCAGGCCGUUGGAAUCUCUGGCGCUGAUGGUGCUGCAACCUCUUCAUCUCAGACUGGAGGGACAUCCAAGAAGGAGGAAGUGAAACGUUUACCUGGGGGAAAAGUUAAAAAGAAAGAGAGGCAAGAAGUUAUUAUUGAAAAAGUUGUCCGAAACAAGCGCAAGUGUAUCACCAUUGUGAAAGGACUAGAAGGCUUUGGGAUAAAACUCAGUGACGCGUCUAAAAAGCUUGGGAAGAAGUUUGCUACUGGAGCAUCAGUUGUCAAGGGACCAACUGAAAAGGAGCAGAUUGAUGUUCAAGGAGAUAUAAUCUAUGACAUCGUUGAAUUCAUUACAGACACUUGGCCCGACGUACCUGAAAGAUCUAUUUUCUUCAUUGAAGAUGGGAAGAAGGUUCAGGCUGGUUGA